GCGAGCGAACUGACAGGAGCCUACAUGACCCGAUCCGCCCACGUAUAAACUGUAGUGGUGAGGACGUCCCCCCUUUUUUUGCAAUUUCUUUGGGCUAGCACUCCCCCUCUGUGAUACCCCCACACAUAUCAGCCGAAUAGCACAGGUUCACACCGAUUGAGGUGUGCAUGCAGGCCCUGCCUCCCUCCUCCUUUCCCCCCCCUCUAUGCCCUCACUCGAGCUGCAUACCCUCCUCAACAAAUGAGUGUCCACCGCAUUAACAAAAUCCUGCUGUGUUCCAAAGUUGAGCUCAAGUCGAUUGGGAAGGUGGAGUUCUAUGCGCGCGCGUCCAACCGGGUCGUCAGCGACUUCCGAGCCUUCUUUCUGCCCAUGCUCAAGUACCACAACUUCAGCGUGGAGUUCGCCUUCCACCCCGCGGAUGGAAAAGAGGAGAAGGUCGUCCUAUGGCCAAGAAACAAAGACACGCACACAAUCAACUUGGGGCUGUACAGGUCCAGCCAGCUGCUGUACGACCGAGUGGUUUCUCUGGACCGCAAGUUUUCCGAGUAGCCCCAUUGAAGCGGCGCGAAUCAUGCCUGCACGCCUUUGCGUGUGUGCACGUUCAAAAUGGAGAGCGUGGGGGGGAAGUGGCCACCACUGGGGACUCCAUAAGUUGGCCUCCCCCUCGCACGCGCCAUGAAGUGUAUUCUCCUGGAGGGGGGCAGAUUUACUUGCCAACCGACUCUGUUGCCGUGUAUGUAACCCUCCGCGGCAGUCUUUCCCUCGGAAAGGAAUGAACAGCA